CUGGCACCUGGCUCCCGGCAGCCGCGGAAUUAGGCAUCCCCUGCCAGGAUUGCGAGACGAGCAUGAUCCCACUGCCAUUGUCUGUAAGCCCUCCUCCGUGCUCCUGGGGCUGAGGCUUGGCCAGCAGCCAUGAGACUAGACUGGCCCCAAGCCUGGCUGUUGGGCCUGCCCACAGCCGUGGUGUAUGGUUCCUUGGCCCUCUUCACCUCCGUCCUGCAUAACGUGUUCCUGCUGUACUACGUGGACACGUUUGUCUCGGUGUAUAAGAUCAACAAACUGUCCUUCUGGAUUGGAGAGGCUGUAUUCCUCCUCUGGAACAGCUUCAACGACCCCCUCUUUGGCUGGCUCAGUGACCACAAGUUCCUCAGCUCCCAGCCCUGGUCGGGAGCCGGGCUCUCCUCCAGAGACGUGGUGCUGACCCGGGUGAGGGCUCUGAGCUGGCACGGGCCCUUGUUGGCAUUGUCAUUCCUGGCCUUCUGGGUGCCCUGGGCCCCUGCUGGCUUGCAGUUCUUACUGUGCUUGUGUCUCUAUGAUGGCUUCCUGACCCUCGUGGACCUCCACCACCACGCCUUGCUGGCCGACCUGGCUCUCUCCGCCCACGACCGCACCCACCUCAACUUUUACUGCUCCCUCUUCAGUGCGGCUGGCUCCAUGUCUGUCUUUGCCUCCUACGCCUUUUGGAACAAGGAGGACUUCUCCUCCUUCCGUGCCUUCUGUGUGGUACUAGCUGCUGGCUCUGGCCUGGGCUUCCUGGGGGCCACACAAUUGUUGAGGCGGCGGAUUGAGACCACCAGAAGGGACAGGGGGUACUCAGCCAUGGUCGUGGAUAGCGGCGUAUGUGAGGAAGAGCCUCUGGUGGGUGGUGAGGAAGCAGGCAGCAUUACCUUGGGCCAGUACCUCCGGCAACUGGCACGCCACCAAAACUUCCUGUGGUUCGUGGGCAUGGACCUGGUACAGGUGUUUCACUGCCAUUUCAACAGUAACUUCUUCCCUCUCUUCCUGGAGCACUUGUUGUCUGACCACAUCUCCCUCUCGACAGGCUCCUUCCUGUUGGAGGCUGUGGCAUUGCUCCUGAAGAGGCGGGACCCUCUUCCCUCCCCAGGCAUCUCCUAUGUUGCUCCUCAUCUCAACAAUCUCUACUUCCUGCCCCUGUGCCGGCGCUGGGGUGUCUACGCCGUGGUGCGGGGCCUCUUCCUGCUCAAGCUGGGCCUUAGCCUCCUCAUGCUGCUGGCUGGCCCUGAUCGCCCCGGCCUGCUUUGCUUCUUCAUUGCCAGCAACCGUGUUUUCACUGAGGGCACCUGUAAGCUGCUGACCCUUGUGGUCACUGACCUAGUGGAUGAGGACCUGGUGCUGAACCACCGGAAACAGGCAGCCUCGGCUCUCCUCUUCGGUAUGGUUGCCCUGGUGACCAAACCUGGCCAGACCUUUGCCCCACUGCUGGGCACCUGGCUCCUCUGCUUCUACACAGGUCAUGACCUUUUUCAGCAGUCCCCAGUGAUCGUGGGGAGUGUCCAGCCGAGGCCAGAGCCCCCAGCCCCGGCCCCAGCACAGGCUGCGACACUCCGCCAGGGCUGCUUCUACCUGCUAGUGCUGGUGCCCAUCACCUGCGCGCUGCUGCAGCUCUUCACCUGGUCCCAGUUCACGCUGCACGGGAGACGCCUCCGCAUGGUCAAGGCCCAGCGCCAGAACCUGGCACAGAUCCGAACGCUGGACAUUAAGAUGGUGUGAGAGCGGUUGCAAAGCCACUCUGCUGAGGUCCUUGCCCCAGUCUCAGCAGGAACCUCUCCUGCCAGCCAGUAUCCUACUUCACCUUCGCUGGGUGCAGCUCAGAGAGCAGGUGGCUGGGGCCGCUCCUGGGGAGGUCUGCCCUUCACUAGCUGGCUGAUUGAGCUUGGGCAAGGGCUGGAUUGUAUGUGCUCAGGAACUGAGGCUCCUGUGGGGCAAGAAGGAAGGAGGACCGGAAAGGGCAGGGGGAGUGUGGUGCACAAGGAGGUGCUGGGGUCCUGGAGCUGGAGCUGGCAACUUGGUGGGUUCAGGAACUUCUGAGAUUGUAACUCCUUUUGCCCACUCAGGCGAAGCUGACUGAAGUGCUCCUUGCGUCUCCUCGUGUCAUUUCUCCGAGGCUUCUCUGCUUCAGUCGGAAGUAGCAUGGCCUCUGUGCUGUGGGCUCCCCAAAGCCCAGCAGGCCUCCAAACUCUAAAGUUUCCAGUAAAGCCAGUCAUUCCCA